AUGAAGAGGCUACGCUUCGAAAAAUGGUCGGGCCAAUUGCUCGGGGCUCGGCCAGGAGCAGCAUCUGCUUCAGCAAGUUGUUCUAAGCCCUUCAGAACCCACCACCUGUUCUCGUCACAGCGUAGCCAAUGGACGCUGGCAGCGGCGGAAACUCCUCAUGGGGAGGGAGGAGAGGAAUCGGCUUCACACAGAUUUCCACCCCUCGAUCCCGGGUCUGCGGGCCUGACCGCCACGUUCCCAUCACCACCUCCAGAACGGGCACUGAGCUCAGCAAAGCUUGCUGCCCUGCACGCCCGAUUAGCCCUUUCCGAAAAAAUACCACUCCAGACGCUUGCCAGGGCACUAAUUGACGCAACCGCCGACGAGAACCCGCGGUUCAACAACUCCAACCUCUCGUUCCUCGGCCAGACGCUCAUCAACUACCACAUAUCAGAAUGGCUCAUGUGCCGGUACCCUCGCCUUCCGAUGAGCAUCAUGUACGCCGCCAUGUCGGCCUACGGCGGGGUGAAGCCCCUACACCAAAUCGCACGGCAGUGGGGAGUUGAGAGCGCCGCCGCACCCGGCGGCGAGGUCGACGCAGGCCUGCUCCAGUUCUCGACGCGGAAGCCGGGGAUUACCAACACGGGAUUCGGCUACCGGCGGACGGAGGCCGCGUACCUCGAGAAGUUCAAAUGGAGACGCGGAAUCAACAGCCGGGUUGUCCUGGACGACGACUUCGGCGAUGUGGUCAACGAGGUGCUCCCCGAGGAAGAGGGACAAGACGGUGCGGCCGAGGUCUCGGAGGACGGGCCCCUGAAGCCGUACGGCACGCCCGAGACCCGGCAGGUGGCCGAGAACGCGCACGCGCAGUUCGUCCGGGCCGUCGUGGGCGCGACGUACGCGCACUGCGGCCGCGAGGCGGUCAAGUCGUUUGUGCGGUCGCACGUGCUCGCGCGCCAGCUCGACCUGUCGUCGCUCUUCAGCUUCAAGCUGCCGACGCGCGAGCUGGCCCAGCUGUGCGCGCGCGAGGAGUUUGAGCGGCCCGUCGCGCGCCUGCUCUCCGAGACGGGCCGCCGCUCCCGCACCCCCGUCUUCGUCGUCGGCAUCUACAGCGGCAAGGACAAGCUCGGCGAGGGCGCCGGCCCGAACCUCGACUCCGCCCGCUGGAAGGCCGCCAUGAACUCCCUCAAGGCGUGGUACCUCUACAGCCCCGGCGAGAACGUGCGGGUGCCGAGUGACAUGCUCGCCGAGGAUGCCAAGUCUUGGGAGCCGGUGUACAUCGACAUAGGGGAGGUCGUCUAA